AUGGUUGAUGCGGCUGCGAGAGGAGCAUUAAUGAGUAAGACCCAUGAAGCCGCAUAUGAACUUCUGGAAGAAUUGGCAUCCAACAACUAUCAACAGCAUUCGGAGAGAGUAAUGCCAAGAAAGGCGUUUGAAGUUUUUGAACUUGAUUCUAUUACCACAUUGGCGGUGCAGAUGGCAAAUCUAUCACAAAAACUAGGAAAUCAUUCAAGUAUAGAUUGCCAAGUGGAGAAUCCUUUUGCCCAACCGAGUUAUGAGCAAGCCCAUUACGGGUCCAAUUUCCAACGUCAAAACAAUCCUUAUUCAAACUUGUUCAAUCCUGGAUGGAGAAAUCACCCUAACUUUUCAUGGAGUAAUAAUCAAGCGCCGGCUAGACCAUCUCAACAAUUUCUACAGCAAGAGAAGGAACCAACACUUGAGGAUAUGUUUAUGCAGUACAUGCAAGAGACUAAUAUGUUGAUCCAAAACAACUCGGCUUCUAUCCGCAAUCUUGAGACUCAAAUCGAAUUUUUGAAAGAUAUAUUAUCAAACAAGCAGAAGCUGGAGGAGCAUGAGACUGUAAUGUUGAUUGAGAAGAGCAGUGCAAUUUUACAAAAGAAGCUGUUGCCUAAGUUGAAAGAUCCGGAGGGUUUCACGAUCCCUUACACUAUAGGAAAUUCCUAUUUUGAUAAAGCUUUAUGCAAUUUAGGGGCAAGUAUUAAUCUAAUGUCUCUCUCUGUUUUCAGGAUACUAGGUCUUCGAGAAGCAAAGCCGACCGCUAUCUCUCUACAAGUUGUAGACAGAUCUAUUAAAUUCUCAAGAGGACUCAUUGAGGACGUAAUGGUGAAAGUUGAUAAGUUCAUCUUCUUGGUCGACUUCAUUGUGCUUGAUAUGGAGGAGGAUGAGGAGAUCCUUUUGAUACUGGGCCAACCUUUCCUUACGACGGGGAGAACCUUAAUUGAUGUCCAACAAGGGAAACUCAUUCUGAGGGUUGGCGAGGAGUAG